UUGCCUUUUUUUUUUUCUUCUUCAGAGUUUUAUAUACACCUGGGCAUACAGAUGAUCACAUGGUUUUACAUCUCCUAGAAGAAAAUGCAAUAUUUUCUGGUGACUGUAUUUUAGGGGAAGGAACAGCAGUGUUUGAAGACCUUUAUGAUUACAUGAAAUCAUUGGAAAAGCUACUGAAAAUGAAAGCUGAUUUAAUAUAUCCUGGACAUGGUCCAGUAAUAAAAGAAGCAAGAACCAAAAUACAAGAAUACAUUUCUCACAGAAAUGCACGCGAACAGCAAAUCCUAAGUGUCUUAAAAGAGAAUACUGAAAAAUCUCUCACUGCAGAGGAACUUGUGAAAAUUGUAUAUAAGGACACACCUGAACAUUUACAUAAAGUUGCAGAAAUAAAUCUAACACAUCACUUGAAGAAACUAGAAAAGGAAGGGAAAGUGUCAUAUGAAAAUUCUCCCAACUUCAGGUGGAAAAGCAGUUUAUAAUUAUGACUGUAAGCGAAGUGUGAUGUUGGCAUUUAUAUUAUUCUUUAUCUUUUGUGAAAUUAAAACGAAUGAAAUUGUGUAAUGUCAAAACUGUAAUUUUUAAUGGAAAAGAUGCUUGAAUAUUCCCGUAUAGUCUUCCAAAAGAGCAAUUCUAUCAAAUCCAACAAAGUCAUUCUGCCCUCCAUCAGAAUUGAUCAAAUAAAGUGUUUAGAUAUGAA